CCAUAUAGCAUAUUAUAACCCCACCAAAUACACCAACCUCCGUUUAAGCCACCUGUACAUAUAUCUUCAUCUUCAUCUUCAUCUCUUCAUCUAUUUAUCCCUUCAUCUCUUCAUCUCUCAUCUCUUCUCCACCCAUCUCUUCUCCACCCAUCUCAUCUCAUCCCAUCCCACCCCAUUCCAUUCCAUUCCGCACUGCCAUCGCCUUGCUCCACUUAUGUGAUCCACUUAUGCCAGAAGUGAACCUCCUCCUCCAAACCAACCAUGUCGCAAACAGCUCUCCCAGAACUGAGCUACACGCCCGGCGAGCUGACGGAGCCGCAGUUCCGGCUGCCCUCGCACCAGGAGCUGCUCGACCAGAAGCGCCUCGCCACGGACAGCCUGCCACUUGGUCGCCUCAGCUUGGACACCAGGGACACGCAGCCCAUCAAGUACCGGGAGCAGCUGACUUCGGCGGCGGGUCGCCAGUUUCCCGCCCUGGCAGCGGCACAAAAUCGCUAUACGGAUCAUCUGGAGCGUGGCAGUGAGCUGAGCUUCGCCUGCCUGGAGCCCGGCAAGGAUCUAAUCUCAUUGCCAACGGUGGGCAUACGAAACUUUGACCCACAACCCACUAUCGCGACCGCCAACGAUCCGGAUUUGAUCAGGAAGAUGCCGCUGCACUCGAUCACGGAGAAGCCGAACGAGCGGUGUCCCUCGCCGGUGGUGCCGGCGUAUGCCAACUUCGAGCUGGCCAAGCGGAUGCACCAGGACAAUCUGGACCACCAGCCGCUGCCCGACUGUGUGGCCGACUUGGCGUUCCGGCGCGCGCAGAUUGCCGGCGGACAUGCAGGCCUGGCACUGGAAAUCGAUCCCAUUGCCACGGGCGUCGGCGUGAAGACGCACAAUGCGGGUCCGACGCACUGCACCAAGAUGAAGGUGUUCCGUCCGAAGACCGGCGGCGGCAUUGUGCCCCGUGCUUUGGGCAAUGGCGAUGCCUAUCGCGGCGUUGGCUCGGCGCCGGCCAAAAAGAUGGGCCCCAUGGAUUUGGCCAUUUGCUGGGACUUCAAGCCGGCGAAUCCGGCGGACGAGCCACGCCUGGCCAGGCACAUAGAUGGCACCAAUGACUCAGCCGGACCGGCCGUCUUCACCUGCGUGAAAACGCCGCGCGAGGAGCAGCCAUCGGACUUGGGCCGUUCGGCUGGCGUCUUCACCAGCACCCUGGGCGAGGCGGACUUCUUCGACAAGGACAUCCUGCGGAAGCGUACGGAUUUCGGUGGCACGCGCUUGGAUCGCGAGGAUCCGUGCGCCUGCGACUACUCACCACCGGCCAGGCAACGGGCACGCAGCGUCUCCCGCGAUUCCAGCGCCUCGCAUUGCAGGCGAGGAUCGGCCAUCGGCGCGUCCACUGGCGGCGUGAGUUUCGGCAACCUGGCGGAGCUACCAGGACGCGGCAUGCCCGAUCGUCUGGCCAAGCAGUACCAGUCGUCGCCCCUGCUGGGCGACAAGGCGUACCAGGCGCUGCGGGAGAAGUACCUGGGACCGGACUCUGGACAGGAUUGCACUGCGCCCAAUUGCCGGCCCACGGGUGGUCCACCCUGCAAGCGGGACGUUCUUCUGCGGCGUCCGGCGCGCCGUCUCUGCCACAAGGUGGCGCCCGCACCCAGAUGCUGUGCCCCCUCCUUCGGCGGCCACGCACAUGGACAUGGUCAUUGCUUGACCAGCGGCGGCAAGGCGGCCUUCCGCGCCGGAGUGCCCAAGCACAAUGCCUCCGGCGAUUUCGUGGGCAUCGAGCCGGGCUGUGGAGGCGGCAGUGGUGGUAGAGUAUUAGUAGUGCCACGCCCACGGCAGCCGUAUGCGAAAAAGAACUACGACAUCGAGACGCUGGUGCCGCCCUUCCAAAGCCAAGCGGGCGGCGCGGGUCAGGGCGGCUAUCCGGAGCACUGGCGACUGGCCAGCGUCUAUCAGCACGCCUACAAGCCCAUCGACCAGCGAAGGCGACCCCUUCUCCAAACGGUCUACAAGUAGGUGCGCUAAGCUCCAGUCCGUGAUCAUGAAUGGUUUCCCAAUGGAUUGCAUUACUUGAGCAAAGUAGAAAUAUUAACUCAUCAUCUUGCAUGUCUCAAAAAUAAAUAUGUUUGGCACACGGGAAAUCGGUCCAAGAAUAAGCUAAGUUAACCAUACUCAAGAAAUUCAAUUAAUUUCAUUAUUUAUGGCAGACCAAUCUCGACUUCUCUGGAUUCCACCUUGCGUUUGUUAAAACUUUUUAAGUAGAAAAACACAACAAGUUUAUGUUGAAAACAAAUGUUAUAUAUUAGAAAGCAUAUAUAUAUAUAUAAAGAGAAAUGGGCAAACAUACAUAUAUGAAUAAACGUGCAAACAUCAAGUACUUUAAACUAUAAA